UUUUCCACAUCUCUCCCGGGUUUUGGAGGCGUGUAGAACCCACGGCAUCAACCCGAUUAACCUGCGAGCGCCAGGAGCCGCUCCGAGAGGAGCCUGCAUCCCGGCGUCCGCAGGGAGCCAGAGGACUCGGCCGCUCCGGCCGGCGCCUGCGUCUCUAUGGUGCGGCCGAGGGGCGGAGCGCUGUUGGCUCGCCCGCCGACUGUGAAGUGAGCUGGGAUGCCAGGGAUGACGACAAGCGUAGACUGUUGGUCCCUGAUGGCUGUUGCUGUAUACUGACACAGUUUAUGAUGGCGUCUAAAGUUGAAAAGACUCAGGCUUUACAGCAGUGUUUCAGCACCGAGUCUCUCAUCUCCAGCCUCGGUCUGGGCAUCUUUUGCCUAGUAGCUGAUAGACUUCUCCGGUUUUCCGUAAUUCACCAAAACGAUUGGCUUCGCGCCCUCUCAGAUAACAUAGUACACGGCGUGAUUGGCAUGUGGUCAUGGGCAGUCGUCAUUGGAAUCAAGAAGAAGGCUGACUUUGGAGAGGUUCUUUUAGCUGGGUUUUUAGCCUCUGUUAUUGAUAUCGACCAUUUUCUUCUCGCUAGAUCCCUGUCUUUAAAGGCCGCUUUGACGCUUCCAAGAAGACCUUUCCUCCACUGUUCCACCGUGAUACCCGUGGCAGUUGUGAGCCUGAAGCUGGCCAUGCACCUUUUCAGGCUCCGGGACUCGUGGUGCUUCCUCCCGUGGAUGCUCUUCAUUUCCUGGGCUUCGCACCACAUCCGAGAUGGAAUUCGUCACGGCCUGUGGAUAUGCCCAUUUGGGAAAACUUCUCCUUUGCCCUUCUGGCUUUAUGUGACAACCACAUUAUCCUUACCACACCUGUGCUCAUUCCUUAUGUAUUUAACAGGGACCAGACAAACGAUAUCUUCAAAACAUGGGAUGCGUGUUGAUGUCUGAGAUGACCAUUUGCCUCUAAGGAAAGGCAAUAGCUCAGAUGACGAUGAUGAAAGACAGACAGUGUUCAACUGAAAUUUUGCUUUUGUUUUUGAGACAGGGUUUCUCUGUACAGUGCUGGCUGCCUUGGAACUCCUCCCUCUGUAGACCAGGCCAGCCUCAAAUUCAGAGAUCCACCUGCUUCUGCCUCCUGAGUGUUGGGAUUAAAGGCGUGGGCCAUCACUGCCAGGCCUCAAGUGAAAAUUUUAAAACACAGUUAGGUACUUUAUUUAGUUUUUACAAUUCUCCGGCCCUCUUGCUCGGGAGGCAGGCUCAGUACUUGCCCUUCCCUCUUACGCGACCAUCUAGUGCAGUAUUGGGGUUGUCCUUAUUUCAUACUCUGUUGUUAUAUUGCUGCUGCUUUGUCUGACAUUACUGGUUUUGUCAAGUUGAUUGAUACCUACUGAGCUGUCUGGAAGUCUGUCUUCAAAACCAGUCCAUUUCCUAAUAAAAAUCAAAGUUUUGGAUGGCUAACUUAUAAAGAGCUCACAUAAUAUGAUAUUUGAAUUCACAUUUUCCUGGGACACCGAAACAGUGAAGUGGACAAAAUAAAUAAGGUCAUGAUAAGAUGUCUAUUGAGCACUAAACAAUCAUUUCACAUAUGUUGACCCUGACUGAAGUAAUAACUUUAAAUGUUUGUGGACAGUAAUUAUUGGCAAAUAUCUAACUAAAAUAAUAAAAUUAAAUCUAAGUUACAAUUUCAGAAAUCAAUUUAGGAAGUAAUUAUUCUCACAUUGCCUAUAAUUACAUUCACUGAAAUUAUUGGGGGGGGGGGUUAGUAUCUUUGCCCAGGAAUCUCAUGUUAGCAUUUUCACUAACUAAAUAUUUAGAAAAUAUUUAUAACAAAGAGCUUUGACAAAACCAUACACGGAUCACCACUGAACUUACAUAAAAACAGAACUGAGCAAUGGUGCCAUCUGAGAUGCAGAUUCGUGACGGCCACUAAAAUUGCAAUAGUUGUGUGAUCGUGACAAACUAGUCUAAAAUGUUGUUCAAAUGAUUUUUUUUUAAAAUCUUCUCCUUACUGAGAACGAAAGGAUUUUUCAAAAUAAAAUAGUUUUUGGAAAUCUUGCUUUUUCUUUUGCUCUUCCGGGUUCGACUGUUAAGAUGAUGAACUUUCCUAGAGAAGGAAGUGCAUCCCUGUAAACUUACAUCUGUGGUUUGCUAUGACCGUGGUCUUAACAUGCUGCCCCAGAGACGCCUCUCUUUCUUUGUGACACAUGGGAUUCCUAUUUCCUUCAGAUUCUUUUUAAUUUGUGAUUUGCAAUGCUAGCAAUUGUGUGCCCUAGUCUCUGAGGAAACGUGGGUGACUUAGAACAUGAUGUCAUAUCCUAACCAGGCUUCUGCCUUUAUAGAGUUCUGUACAUUGUAGAAGGGUUCAUGAUCUUUGGAGAGUAUUUUUCUUAUUGUUAAAUUCUUUGCAACCUGUUACUUUAUACAGCCUAGCU